AUGAAGGUCUCCCUCGCCCUAUUCACCGUCCUCGCCGGCCUCGCACUUGCCACUCCCUCCCAUCCUGCUGCCCGCGCCGAAACUGCCUCCGGAGUUGCGGAUGUUGGGGCUCCGAAUGCAGAGCAGUUGGCGGAGGUGGCAGCCAACGUGCAAGCGCUCGCAGCCCUCGACCCUGCUUGCGUCUCCUGCGUUCGAAGAAACUGCUCGGCUUCGUGGGUCUGUCUUAGGGCCACCGCCCCGCAGCUGAUCACCGCGUGUCUCCUGUUGAGGUGCGCUGCUGCUUCGGCUUUAUGCUGCGUCUUUUGA